GAAUUGUCCAAGACAGUGGCUGCAAUGGAGGGAUGUUACCAGGGAUUUAAUCCUGGAGCAUAUCUGCAGUAUAACUACACUGCCCCCCGAGCAGACUUUGAGCGAAGUGACAGCAUUGUACCAUGGAAACUUAGCUGUCUCCACAGAGCUCUUACUGAAGAUGAUACUAGAGGGGAUGUUUUAGUGGAUGUGGGAUCUGGCCCCACUCUCUAUCAAGUCAUGAGUGGCUGUGAACGGUUUAAUCGUGUCAUUCUCUCUGACUUCCUGGAAGUCAAUCGAAAAGAGCUGCAGAGCUGGCUACAGGAAGGCAAAAGCAGCCUGGACUGGACCUCCUACUUCAAGUAUGUGUGUGAACUGGAAGGACGAAGUUCAUCAGCUUGGACAAAGAAAGCAGAACGUCUUCGCGCAGUUGUAUCUGAUGUGCUGCCCAUUGAUGUACACCAGUCCUGCCCACUAUCCCAAGGGACAUUGCCUCUAUGUGGAGCGGACUGCCUGGUGUCAUCAUUCUGUCUGGAGAGCGUAAGCCCUGACUUGACAUCUUUUAACAUUGCCUUAAGCAACAUUUCCAGCCUGCUUAGAAAAGGGGGUCAUCUUCUGCUCAUUGGUGCCCUGGGAGGAAGCUUCUUUAUGGGUGGACCAGGAUUGUGCAUCCCUAUGGUCCCACUGGAUGAGGCUCAGGUCUGUGGGAGCCUAAGGGCCAGUGGAUAUGAGCUGCUGCAGCUCUCAAUUUACCGUCUUCCCACAGAUAUGAAGGUGGGAACGGAUGAUGUCACUGGUAUUUUCUUUGCAAAAGCAAAAAAAUGUUAGCAUGUUAGGUUGAAAGGUACAAAUUAAAGUACUAUAGAGGCUUAUACACUAUAUACUAUAGAUCUUUCUACUAAACAACAAUUAGCUCACCGUAACAUUACAUUUUCUGCUUUAACUGUAUUAGAAAACAAGACAUUUUCUGUUAGUUAAAAUUAACACUAUAAUUGUUUACGUAUAAGUAAACCAACCCUUGUUUGUAUGGAUAUUUAGACAUUUGUAUUGUAAUAU